UUCACCCCAAAUCAACUCCAGAUCAAAUUAAAAAUGUCUUCAAAACUUAUAUUUUAAAAACAAACCAAUUUUAUCAACGUCAAUUAAAACGAAAAGAAAUUUCAAGUGAUAAGUAUUUUAACAAUACUGAAAUUCUUAAUGCAUUAGAGUCUCGAAUAGUUAAAAUGGCUAAUGAAAUUAAGAGAUUUAGCAACCGAUACAAUAUUUUAGAAAAGAAAGCCGAUUAUUUUCAAACUAAGACAAAUUUAUUAAUAAAAGAAAAUAAAGUAUUAAGAAAAGAG